AUGCCCCGUCGACCUGACUGGUGUGCGGAUCCCAAUGCCCCGGCGGAUAGCGGCGCCUUUGGCGUCGGCUUCACCCAGGUCGGCGCCUUUCCGUUGCAUCUGGCGGCGAAGCGUGGGCGCUUGGAAGUCAUGGAGGUCCUGCUCCGCUCUGGUGCUUCCUUGGACGUCGCCGACCAGAACGGCCGCACCGCGCUCAUGGUGGCUGCAGCGAGCGGCCAGUCGGCGGCGUCGGGGUGGCUCUUAGCGAAGAAGGCGGCGGUGGAUUGUCAGACCCACUACGGCUACACGGCCCUACACUACGCUGCUUUGGUGCCACGACCCGAGGUCGUCCGCAUUCUGCUGGACGCGAAAGCCCGCACAGGCUCUAUCGAUCGAGAAGGUCGCACUGCGUUGCAUGCGGCCUUGUCCACCUUACCAUCCGGUGGUCGAAGCCCGACGGUGGUCACCAGCUGUGAUCCCGCAGGUAUUGGCGAUGAGUAUUGCUACGACCACGACAUCUCUCACGGAUAUCGGAGGCUCGAACAGGAGGAGAUGCAGUUGAGGGUGGUGAAGAUGGCUGUGAGUGCACUACUCAGUGUUCGAGCUGACGUGGAGCUCCGCGACGGUACCGGCCGAAAUGCCUUGGACAUCGUCAAGGGCAAGCGCCGCUGGGAGCUCCUUCAGUGGUUGACCGAGGAAGGCCAGCCAGCUCGGACCGCAUGGUCCUUUCAGCUGGCGCACUGCUGCUGGGCCUUCUGCAGCGCCAAAAAGUGCCCAUUGCCCGAGAACUUCUUGUCGGCCAGUGAAGCAUGUGAAUUUGCGGUGCUGCGGGUCAACGAGAUGCGCCAGAAAUGCCUCUUGGGCGACGAGAUGCGCGACGUGUUGCUGAACAAUGUGCACCAUGAUGGUGAGGUGCUUGCGGGAGUCGCGGCGGAGCUGUCAAGCAAAGAGCUCACAGAGAUGUUUGGCACCGAGGCUGAGCACUUAGUGGUUGGAGGUCAUGGCUUCACCUUAGCACCGAUCCGACGGCAAGACUACAAGGUGGCCGGCACGGUGCGCAAGGACAUGGAUGGAUACUCCGUGUACAAGCUGUUGCUGGAGCCCAUCAACAAGUUCGUGCCGACCUCGGUGGAGAUCGAAGUGGCUCAUUUGCAUCGGAUCACGGAUCUGUCCAUUUUUCAGGUGACCAAAGUGAAGCCUGCGGCGUGUAGCCUCUUUAGUGCCGCGGAUGAUGCCGAACUGAUGGUGCCCACCACGUGGAAAGAAACCAAGGAAGCGGCCGAAUUGGCUCGCCGGAUCUUGAACGAGCAGCGCAAGGCCUUGUGCCCUGAGCGGCCGAGCCUGCAACUCCUGCGCAUCCUGGCCGCCGCACGGCAGCCAGCGGAGGGCCAGGUGUGGAGACUACAGCUGGAAAUCCGGGAGGAGUUGGAAGAAUUCGGCGAGAAGAGCGGCAGCUUUGAAGAACAGAUCUUGGUGUCCUAUGCCUUGGACACAGAAGUGCCACAAGAGAUGGCCCUCAGUGCAGAGGUCUAUGCAGGCCGAUAUCCCUGCAAGAUGGUGCAUGAGGAGAAGGAGCAGACCACUCUGGACUGCGGGGGAAGAGACUGGAGAGGCCUUUGGAUGGACGCGGAGGAAGACCUCGAAAACGCCACGGAGCACGCCGCCGCGGCGUCGGUGAGGCUGGGCCCCUGGAAGUCCAGUGCGGCUGAGCUGGGACCCAACAUCCGCCUCGGAAGCGGUUGGUUGGAUCUGCCGGAUGACUUCGACCCCCGCCUGGAGAAGACCUUGUGCUUCCCUCGUGGCAGCUGUGGGGCCAGUUGGGCCUUCGCUUCAACGGUCGUGGCCUCCUUUCGGGAGUGUCUCACGUUGCUGCACCAAGGCGAGCAACCGGCCUCCUUGAACUUCUUCUCUGCACAGGAGUUGGUCUCCUGUUCAGCGCACCACGGCUGUUCCGGCGGCAGCGCAGCGGAGGCCUUCUACUACAUGAAGCAACGCGGCAUCGCGCGGGAGAACUGCUCGCCCUAUCGCAUGCGCUGUUUCCACGACCAAUCCACCAUCUCCAUGCAGGCGGCGGACUUCGAGACCUUGGGCCAGAACAGCUCCAGUUGUGCCGGUGCCGAUGGCCGGUCGAACGUGAUGCAUUUCGCUGCACAGGCACCGGCCAUCGUGAUUGAAUGUGUUUGCGAAGCGGCUUCAUCAGCCUUUGUCAAACAAGUAUUACAGGCCUUCACCAGUGUCACUCGAUAUGAGAAAAGCGAGACGAUCAUGGACUUGUCUUCCAUGUGGUCAUCCAAGAGGAAACGUUGGUGGUUGGUGCUGACGGCCCCCCGGUUUGGGAAGGUGUCAAUUGAAGCUUUGCCAUCUUUACCUGAGCAACCCACGAUCAAUGAUCUGUUCCCUGAAUUUCUGAAGAUCUACGGUAGCCCGGCCUGGGAUGAGUAUGUUCUUUUGGAUGAUGAGCUUCGUAUGUUCCAUCAGUACGCAAAGAACUUUGAUGAUCUCAUCCUGGAUCCUGCUCGAGUUGCCCCCACGGCCUUGCAUGCGUGGGGGAACCAGACUAGGGCAGGCAGUUUCGACGUGGUCAAGCCCAUUGAGGCCAGGGAGGCGAUUGCGGCCAUUUGCAAUGAUGUCUUGACCCUGAACAAGUGGUUUGGUCGAUCCAAGUCCGUAAUCUCUCCGACAGUGAAGUACUCCAUCCUCCCGCUGCCUGAUCAUCAUUUUCAGGCAUUGCUUGAUCCAGGAAGCUUCUAUGUGUACACUGAGAGUGAUCAAAUCCCUGAGGCAAUGACUUCAAGAAUCACUUGGCUUUCUGCCAAUGGUGCCAGAGUUGCAGUUGAUGAGAUGGAAUUCUACAUCCGCACAGUGUCUACCACCUUCAAGAUGCCUUGGGUUCCUCCAACGAUCAUUGAGGAUUUGGCCUCUAUGCCGACCAUUUCGGCAGCUUGGCUCUCUGAAGUUUCGGGUGCUCUUGAUGAGUCUGGCAUCGUUUCGGCCAUUCUGGCUAAUGGACAUUGGAUGCCUGUGAUCGUUCACCAGGCUCCCCAUGGCAAAACAAGGUUCAUCGUCACGCAAGCUGGUGCCUCGUUGUGGCCUUCUUUAUUUGAUCAGCAAACACGGGUCGAGCACUUCAUGCAUGUUUCCGCCAUGGGGCAGGAAUUUCCUCUUGAUUGUGGCUUUCAGACGUUCAUGUGGCUCACUGCCCGAGCAGCUGAUUCAGAAUUUGAUCCCGCUGAUUCAUCCAAAGCCAUCCAGAUGCGAUGCAACUUUGUGUUGGCAGUGAUUGGUCGAGAUGACCAUUUUCGGCAUAGGGACUGGUUGUUGGGCAGUGGGUCCGAGGUGCAAAUUGCGUUGGCAGGGGUUCUGCGUGAACAUGCCGUCCCAGAAGCCAAGGUCAUUGAGCGCGCCAACAUGUUGAUUUCGCAAUUAGGAGAGGCUAAGCUGCAUGACAUGUUCAAGAGCAAAAAUCCAUGGAAAUUCCUCAAACAGGUUUGCAACAAUCACAAACCGAAGCUGCAGAUUGUUCUGGAAGAUGAGCUUCAAGCUGCUAUCGGAGAGCGUGCACGUUCGGUUGCUCCAGUUGGACGUAAAUCCGACAAGCGCAAGAAGGGCAAGCAGGCGCCUGAGCUGACUUCGAUCCAUCCAGCUGACAUCGCCAUUCCUCCAGGGGUCUUUCGGCAGCAGAAUGGAGGUGAGCUUCCUCAGCUGAAAAUCAAUGAGAUCUCUCCCACUGCAGCAGGCGUUGUUGUUGGGCAUGAAGAGGAUCUUGGUCCCUACAUUGGCAAACCAGGGCUUUCGUCCCAAGGAUUGGCCUUGCUAGUCAUCUCGCCUAGCAAGUACUUGCUGGAUAAGUUUGGGGAGCUCAUUCGCUUUCCUGUGGUUUGUGUGCAAACAGGGGAGCCAAUGCUGGUCUCCGCACUGCUUCUGCAGAAAGGUGCCAUCCUCGUUGAGCGCAAUGUUCCCGAUCAGCCUCUGCGAAUUCAGGAAGUCUCCAACGUGGUUGUCAAAGUUGCCAUGUUUAGGGAUGAGUGCCCGACUCCAUGGGAGAAGAUCAUCGCUGCGCCCGUUAAGCAUCUGUUGGACCUAUUCCCGCAGUUGAUGACAUGCAGAGAGCCAUCGUGCGUUUGUCCAAAGUUCCAUCCAGCUUCUCGAGAGGAAAGUGAUAUGAUCAUGGAUGUCUGGAACAGGGAUUUCAUUAGUCUCAAGUUCCAUCGUGAGGCGCCAAACUCUGCUGAUGUUUUCAUGUGUUGCAUUCGGUUCAGGACCUCGGCAAUUGAAUCGGUGUUGAAGCAGUCGGGAUCGCAUGGAUGCUACAUUGAGAUCAGAGCGCCUGACGGGAAGAGAGAUGAUGUCAAUCACUACACGGUCUGGCUUCCGCGAAAGUCGUUGAGAGAGGCCCAAGCUGAGCAAGCCGCCGUCAAAGAGCCGUCCGCCAUCAUUCGUGUGGGGCACAGGUACGGUCUUCGGGUGUCAGCUGGUGAUGCUGAAGCAGUUCAUGCCACCGUCCGUCAAGAGCAGGCUGUCAUGUUGGGACCCAACAAGCAGACUUGGUGCAUGGGGCCUCUGCCAUGGGGAUCCUCCAAACAAUCAGUCCAAAAGAUCAUUGAUGAGUGGGGUUGGAAGGCAAGAGCAUUGCACACAACCGGCAAGGCCCCCGAUGGCUCUGGUCUGCUUUGGAGUUUGCAUGCUGCUGGACUUCCCCCAGCCACUGUGUAUUCCCUAAGCCAUGGAGAUGUCCUCCUGACCAGAGUUGAUCUGCCACAGGCCGUCGCAUCGAGUCCUGCACCAGUUUUGGUAGCCUCCAAACGCACACGUGACUCAUUGUCUGCAGGUGCCCAAGAUCCAUUGCAAGUCCAUGAUCCUUGGGCUCAGUCGUCUAAGCCUCCGCCAGCAGAAACGAGAUAUGUGACGCAGGCACACCUAGAUGCCUUUGCAGCAACCUUGGAAGCUAAGGUCUCGGUCAGAGCCUCUGAAUCUAGCGAUGAUGUUUCUAUGGACAUGGAUGUGACGACCCGAGUCGAGCAGCUUGAAAUGCAGGUCCAACAAUUGACCCAGGCCCAAAAUAGGCAAACAGCUGAAACGCAAGCCAUCGCCACUCAGGUGUCAUCGCUGACCUCUAAGGUAGAAGCCACCGCACGAUCGGUCGAAAAUGCAGUUGAGGCCAAGUUGACGCACCACCUGCAAGAGCUAGACAACAUGCUCUCCAAGCGUCUCCGCUGCACCACUGUGACGCCAGAUUCGAAAGAGUGA